AUGAAAUCACACACAUUAGUCGAAAGAGAAGCAGAGAAAAAUGGUUUUAACUUUUCUGUUGGUCGUUACAUGCUUGAUAACUGGAACAAAGUUUGUUGCAGGAUUAGCAUUUACUUUGUCAGCGAUGCGGGUAAAAUUAGGAACUACAGGAACGUUGAAAAUGGCAUGUAAUGUUACCGAAAUAGAUGCAUGUGUGAUUUACAACAUUCAAAUACGGCGAGAAACAUACCCAAGAGCUAACUAUACAUGGGAAACCCUCGCAGAAAUUGAAGCAGGUUUAAACGAAGCUCCAAUUUUAGAUGAUGACAUUGUAAAUGACAAGGGCUUUGUUGCUGGUGGUGUUUUGGAUAAAGAUACACCAACACACACUUAUUUAACAUUAAAUAUGAAAAAAGAGAAGCUUACAUUAAGUGACUCCAGAGACUACAGAUGUGAGCUGACCUAUAAAAGUAACAUUACUGGUAGCGUUGCAUCAGUUAAAAGAAAUGCUAGCCUUUCAAUUGUAGGUGAUGAUGACUACAACAAAACGCAGUCGGACAUAAAGGACAACUCAGAAUAUGUCUGCAAAACCAAAUUAGUGAUUGUUAGUGCUAUUUUAGGAGUGACAAAUAUCGUGACGAUAGUGUAUGCAAGCUAUAUGAAAAUGGAGUUGAGAAAAGCAAAACCAAGAGGAAAUGUUCAUGCAUCGUGUGCUAAAGACGAUCGUCAAGACCACCCCAUCCAAGAGACUGAUGACGCAUCCAAAGAAUUUAUAAGUUAGUACCUUUGAGAGGCAACAACAACCAGAAUGUAUAUAGUUAAAUCUACAUUGAUUCAAAAAGUAUACCCGGAGAGGAGAAGAAUGAUGCUUUUGCUUUUGAAGAGUACUGAUUCAUAAAAGAGUGUAAAAAAUGUAAAUGUGUUCGCCUGUAUCAUUUUUUUCAGCAAAUUUCCAAAGGUUCGUCGUGAAAGUGUUUAUGGAGCUAUAACAAUGGCAUUGGUAAAAUUGCGAUAACGUUCCAAAACGACCAGUAAUGGCAACACCUAUUGUUACUAAGCAUGUAUCUAGUACGAUCUACAAAACUCAGUCUACCAAACAUGAAGAUAGAUAAAUUAGCAAACGAAAAGCAAGUUUCUGGAGGCUGUAUAAUAAAACGUGCAAACGGAUUUGAAAAAAAACCUAGUCAUUUCUAAUGUUGCUAUAUUCAAUAUUUUCUAUUUAAGUCGAAGUGCCACAUACGAGGUGGCAAUGAUCGUGAGAAACUGACGCAGCUUUUGCGUAAUAUUUGAUGUUCAGACAGCACAUCUAGUCAUACAUCUAAACAGACAUUGACCAAGUUCAGUCUAAAAAUUAGGAAUGUCAGCUUCCUAGCUAUGCAGCCUCUGUGUAUAUGAGGAACUGUAGAUUAGAAGCGCUCUAUCAUUCAAAAUUGAUUUUAAAAGAGCAAAUAGAUAAUGCUGGACCAUUUAUCUGUGAAUGCAACUUUGCCUUCUUGUCACGUCUCUCGUACGUAAAUAUCCUUUGGAAGCAUAAGAUGAAAUGUUAUGUUAUGGUAUAUACAUGUUUGUUGUAGAGAUUGAUAUUUGGUGAAAUUUAGUAUGAAUGAUCUUGUCUCGAAUUAAAUGGCAUGCAACACCGGCAAUUCAUUGUGAAAUGAAUAUGGGUAUACUUGAAAGGACAAUUGGCGGUAAAUAUUAAAUUUGUGAUUAAGUUUUUAUUUUGUUUAUGAAUAAGAGUAUGUAAUGUAAAUUAUAUUAACUUUUGAAUGGGAAAUAAACCGGAAAACGA